AUGCAAAAAUGUUGUUGUUGUUGUUGUUGUUGUUGUUGUUGUUUGUUGUUGUUUGUUGUUUUCUUUCUGUUCUUCUCUGGAGACUCAUGUCAAGACUCUGGGGCCUCAGGAGUCCCUGAAAUAACUCCAAAGUCGUCCCAUGGUAGGUACGCCCCCCAAGCCCUGCACCCGGAGCUUUUCAGCGGUCGCUGGCGCGACGAGUGGCUGGCAGAUGGCUUUCUCAAGGCCAUCCGCCAAAACGAUCCGGCUGUGUGGAAGAGCAUCUUGACCGAGCACGUGCCAGGGCAGGUGUAUUCCUUCCAGAUGGUGACAGAGGCAUUCUGCGAAAUGUUCCUGGAGGAGGUGUUCAACUUCUACAAGAGUGGGCUUCCCGCAAGACGUCCCAAUAGCAUGAACGCCUACGGCAUCAUCCUAAACGACAUCGGGCUUGAGCCCCUCAUCGACGAGCUGCAGCGUCAUGUUCAGCCACUUGGCGACCUCCUCUUCCCUGGCCCUGGCAGCUGCUGGGAUGGGCAUCAUUGCUUCAUUGUUCGCUACAGAUCCGGCGAGGAUCUCGGUCUGGACAUGCACACCGACGACUCGGAUGUGACGAUGAAUCUCUGCUUGGGUUUGGAGUUUGCGGGGGCUGGCUUGCAGUUUUGCGGCAUGAUGGGCGCAACAGAUCAUCGCAAGCACUGCUACACGUACUUCCACAAGAAGGGCAGCUGCGUCGUUCACCUGGGCCGGCGGCGGCAUGGCGCCGACGACAUCACGUCUGGGGAGCGAUUGAACCUCAUUUUGUGGAAUCACUCCAGCACGUACAGGGCAAGUGACGAGUCCGAGAAUCCCGACUACCUUGUAGAAGAAGGUGCUCCGGACCCCGUUUGCGUCAGCUACACGCACGACCGGGACUUCGGAAACUUCAAGGAGUAUCCAGCAGGCAAAGAGCACUUCCGCGGUCGCGGCUGGUGCCCUCGGAGAAAGAUGGAGUACGAAGGAUUCACCCCAGACUGUGAGGAAGAGCAAGCCCCACGACGCUGA